AUGGACAUGGGCGCAUAUGGACAGGGAAGACCAUCCACUUAUGUUUUUCAACGACAAAGUGUUCGAUACAUGGGCAGCGAUCCAUCAACUGGUCACAAAUCGAAAAGUCAAAAUGCAAAAUCAACGUCUGGUAAUAAAGAUGCAAGUGGCGAUAGUAGCAGCAAAUUAGAUAAAACUGGGUCAAAAAUAGAGAAACAAGAACAAAAAAGUGCGACAAAGUCAGCCAAAGAUCGUAAUGAUACCAAGCAACCAGGAACAACACCACGUGAUUGGCAGCCAGGACAAAAACCGACUGGAAAUGACCCAAAAUAUGGAACAGGAGCAUCAGAUGAGCCGAAUCCGAAAAAAACCACGUGA